AUGAAAUUGUACAACCAGGAAGUUAGUGAGCAAGUACGCUUUCCAAACACAGAUGUCCCACCUUAUCGGGACCGUGCAGCAGAGGUUCAGGAUUGCCUUUGGCAGUACAGAAAUCGUCCUAUAGGAGCGGUCAGCGAUGUUUUUGGCUUCUCGAGCAAACCACAACCGCACUCCCACUUGGAUAUCGAUUGCAAGAAACACGUAUCAUCAUUUCGUUCCUCUGGCUCACCAGAUUACUUGUGUUCAACGGCCAUAUCCAUAGCAUCUGGGUGA